AUGGGUGACUCGCUGGCAGUGGAGUUAGCGCAGCAAAGCCAUCAUGAGGUGCUACGAACCGUCGCAGGCUGCGUGCUCCGGACUGAGACAGUGGCGUUUCGUCGCCCAUUCCCUAGAGGACCCUUUUUCGAAUUCUUGUGUAUCGACGACCACAUCGGUAUCCAGUGUUUGUCAAGGUCCGCGGCCAGGUCUGGGCAACGUUUGCGGGACACCACUGUUUUUGAGCAGGCUAGCGCCGCUUACAAAGCUGUUAAGCUCGUGCAACAUCCUGUAAAGUGCCAGCGCAACCAGCUUCAGGGGACGCUGCUCGGAGCUUCGUUUGAUGGCGACAAAGGCAUCGUGAGUGCACCGUCUGACCGAAUCCUGGUGCUGAUGCUUUGCACAGGCGAAAUCGCUAGACGAGGGAGUUGCACCCCGCAGCUCCUUCAGACGCUUUUGGGUUGUUGGAUACACGUGCUUCUCUUCCGACGGCCGGCGUUCUGUGUCCUCAACAAUGCGUUCGCUGAUGCCGCCCUGCAGCCUUCGACUCGUGUGAUCAAGUUGUCGCGGCUUACGCGUAACGAGCUGCUCUGCAUAGCUUGCCUGGGGCCAGUUCUUCAGACCGAUCUUCGAGCCUCGUGGUGCCCAAAGAUCUUUGUCAUGGACGCGAGCCCCACUGGAGCUGCUUUGUGUUCGUGCGAUGCUCCUCCACCUGUGGUGCAGGAACUCUGGCGGUUCACUGAGCAGAGAGGUUAUCAUACGAGGCUGGAGGGUCCUGCUACUGCUGCUCUACGUGAGAAAGGCUUUGAAUCCAGUGUUGAGUAUCUGGCUUCCUGUGGGACUGCUGUGAACUCUGCGAAGGGCCCACUGCCUGGGGAACUGCUCAUAAAGCGCUCGGGCUCCGAGGUGAUUCGAGAUUUUCACAUCACGGCUCCCGCUUUCUCUUUCUGCGGUUUGCGCACACCUCGUUUGAGAUCCAAGCGGGUUCCGGCGGGGUUUCGCAACGGUGACCCGGAGAUACAGGAGCACAACAAGAUCGCCAGGCGCAUUGCGAUGCUCCUGUCAGUUGUAGCCACCAACGGCCUGUUCUACAGCAUUUCGCAGCCCGGCUCUUCAGUCAUGUUCGGCCUAGCUUGCUUUCGCAGAUUGCUGGAUCUUGGCGGUCAGCUCAUCAGGAUGCAUGCCUGUUGUUUUGGCAGUGCCUGCCGCAGAAGCUCUGUGUGGCUACACAACAAGCCAUGGAUGGUUCAGUCCAAUCGAUGCCUCUGCUUUAAAGAACGUAAGCUUGUUGUGGUUCAAGGGACUUUUUCGGCCUCUAGCGCAGCAGCUUUCGAUUCCCUGUGCCGUCCCUCGGCGCUUGCUGUGUACGGCAAAGCUCCGCGAGCUGGUGAGUGCAUGUCUCGUUACGUGUCGGAGCACCCGCUGCCCUUUCUCCGUCUUUGUGCCGCUGGGAGCCUUGAAGCCAGUCGCGGGGUCGGUGACGUUUUCCCUUUAAGCUUCACCUCAGGUUUGAGCGAUAGGCUUCGCGAGGACGUUCGAAAAGUCAGCCGUGACCCAACUUGUAACUUUGAACCCCGACCGGGGCACGACGACCCGGAAUGGAUCAAUGACUUGGCCGAGAGCUUGCAGUUCACCGAAGAUUUAAGGUACCGUUUUCAGCGCCCGGGGCACAUCAAUGUCUUGGAGGCGCGGAUGUUCAAGACGUUCCAGAAGCUCUGUGCUCGACGUCACCCUUCGUCUCGCACUCUGUCUUUGCUGGAUAGCCGGGUGACCAUCGGAGCGGUGGCCAAGGGGAGAUCGAGUAGCCGUGCCCUUAGUCGGGUCCUUCAGGGAACUUUGGGUUACACGUUAGGUGGCGGUUUGUACAAUGGUAGCCUUCACGUCUAUUCAGCUGCUAAUCGGGCAGACGGGCCGUCACGGAACCGUCCUCUCGACCUCCGGUCAGGCUUUACAGCGGCCACCGCGGAUCGGAUGAAGAAGUGCUUCGAAGCCUUCAAGACUUGGGUCGCCUCCGAGCUACCUGUCUCUUUCGAUCGCUUGUGCUUAGAUCCAGCUUCGUUGGCUCUUGCUCUCAGGGGUUACGGUUUGUACUUGUUCUCUGCGGGUUACCCAAGGUAUCUUUUGGUCUACGCAAUCACUGCUACUCAAGAUGCUUUUCCCGCUUACAGGGCUCACAUGACCCCUGCUUGGCAGAUCGAUCGCAAAUGGCAGCAUGUGGAACCAGGUGAAUGCAGGCCUGUCAUCUCCGUGCCCAUUUUGCAAGCUAU